GUGAUAUAUAUAAACAUUGUACAAUUGUUUGUUGAUAUAUACCUUGGUAAUCGCCAAGAAGGAAGUAUAUAUAAAAGCAGUGUGUGAUAUAAGUAAAUUCCGUUGAAAUUAUUAUAUGAAAGUUAUUGAGGUGUCAGAUAACAAAUGAAAGGCUUUCUUACGCUGCUAGUGUUCUGUGCAUGUUGGUGUUCUCUGGUAAUGGGCUGCGGUCGCCGCCGUCGCGGUCGUCACAGUCCACCGCGUGAUACAACAAAACCUACAAUAACAUGUCCACCAGACAGGCACGAAAUCGCUGAUCCAUUGCAAAUAAAUACCAAAGUAUGGUGGGAUGAAAGUUCCGUAGCAGCAAACGACAAUAGAGAUGGGCCGAUAAAAGGAACUAGAACUGGAAAAGCGCCAGGGGAACUAUUUUUUGAGGGUAUCACCACCAUAGAAUAUCAUGCGAAAGACAAAAGCGGCAAUUAUGCCUCAUGUUCAUUUAAAAUAACUGUAAAAGUUUUACGUUGCAAUUCUUGGGAUGAUAUACCAGACGGUUGGAAGAUAUGUCACGUGAGUCAUGACAUGAGACUUGGUAGUAUAUGUCGUUUUGGUUGCUACGGAGGCCACGAGCUGGUCGGGGCAAGCAGAACAGAAUGUUUGGAGUCAGAACAAUGGGACACGGCCACUCAACCUUACUGUCAAAAACUGCAAUGUGUCGACCUGUUUCCAACUCCCGAUCAAUAUGGCAUCGUAAGUAUUGAAUGCACCGAUGAUAACUACUACAGAAGUAUAUGCUCAUACAACUGCGUCGUUGGAUACAGCGUGUUGCCAGGUCAUAGCAAGGUUCGAGUCUGUAACGAGUUUGGUAUUUGGAGAGGGAGUACGCCCAUGUGUGUAGAUAUGGAGCCACCAGUGUAUACCGAUUGUCCGUAUGUUAAAGUUGGAUAUGCUGAACGCACCAAGACGUCAGGGCGUAUCUGGUGGUACGAUCCUACAGCUACUGACAACAGCGGAAGUGUCACCUCUACACAAAUCUCCGGGCCAGAAUCUGGAUCCGACCUGCAAGUUGGCGAGCAUACUGUCCAGUACAUGGCAUACGAUACUUCCAAUAACACGGCUAUCUGCGAGUUCAAGGUCGUCGUAAAACAAAUAAACUGUCACACUAUAUACCCGCUACCCUACACCUCGACCGUAUGCCCGGAUGGAAGGAUCUACGGAUCUACCUGUCAGUUUAUGUGUGACAAUGGUGCAGUCCUAAAUGGUCCAGCGAAUGUUGAAUGCGAUAAAACAGGCUCUAACGUUUCGUACGGAGUUUGGACAUUCAGGGACAGACAACCAUACUGUGAACUUCAGAACACGUGUCAAGAACUCCGUGCUCCUGAUAAUGGCGCCUUGGCAUGUGACACAUGGCUUAAUGGAAAGUAUUGCCAAAUGCUGUGUGAAGAUGGUUACGUUGUAGUGGACGACCCGGAUACGGUAUUGGACGAAGUCCGUAUACACAAGACUUUAGUAGUUUGUGGCGAUUCUGGAAUAUGGUACAUUUCCGGGGACAUUCCGAAUUGCCAAGAGACUGAUCCAGUAUUAGAGCGGAUACUCCGAAUCGAUAUUGAAUAUCUUUACUAUGACGGCCCAUGUGAUGAAACCAGAGAAGAUAUAAAAAACAAGUUCAUCAAGGCUUUCACUGCAGUCACGGCUCAGACAUGCAAGCCACCGGACUGUCAAGUUUCUCUUGUUCAAGUUAUUUGCGGUGAUAGAUAUGAUGGUACUGACAGGAGGCGAAAAGCUGUUACCCCAGGAAUCAGUUUCGAAAUUAAUAUAGACCUCUCCAGCAACCAGAGUUCCAUUGAAACGGCGACAGCAAGAAGCCUCAUCAUAACUUCACUUCUCGCGACAAGACAGAGCGGUAACCUUGACAUUGAAAUAGACGGUACUGUAAAUAUUCCAUCAUCGAUACAAGUUUCACAGCCAGAAGGAUCCUGUAACGAAGGAAGCGCAUACAAUAAGAAAACAUUCCAGUGCGUAAAAUGCAAUAAAGGUUAUUUCCAUGAUACAAAGAAUGAUGUAUGCAGUCCUUGCGCACGUGGGUAUUAUCAAGAUCAACCUCAACAAAGCACUUGUAAACAAUGUCCUACAGGCAAAACAACAAAUUCUAAGGGAGCUCACUCCGUAACACAAUGCGAGGAUGCGUGCCCAGUAGGAUUUUACUCAGCAACUGGGACCCCGCCUUGUUCUGCCUGUGAUCUGGGAUGGUUCAGUGAAAACUACGGAAGCACGGAAUGUACACAAUGUCAGGGAUCACAAAUUACACUUAUAGCUGGUACAACAUCCAGUUCUAAAUGUAAAGAGUUUGAUAUCACAUACAAUAAGCUCAAUGAGUCCGAGGAGCUGUCCGUAGCUACUUUGAAUUUAGAUGUUGCUGACAUGAGUCAAUUUACUCUUACAUUGUUUGUCAAGUGUGAGCAGUGUAACAGUAUCUUUAACAUCACCGACACAGAUCAGACGAUACUUUCUAUCAUAAACACUGAUGAACUGUUGGUCGAAUAUAAUGGUCAUCAGUACAAGACAGGCGAAAACUUAAUCGACUCGAUGCUAUGGACACAACUAACAGUUGUACACACUGGAGCUGAAUUGUUUGUAUACUUGAAUGCCCGUAAAGUGUUAAAGGAACAGUCUAAUCGUGAAAGGAGGUCCACGGAUACGACACUGAAUGUUACAAUAGGAGGUGAAGGAUUCAUAGGUUCUGUGUCUCAAAUGAAUAUAUGGUCAGAUAUAAAUGCCUUUACCCCGGUAGAAACAGACACGUGUUUUGGUACAGACAAAGGUGAUCUGAUAAACUGGAGGCAGUUCUCAGAGCUGGAUGGAUCUUUCGUACUUACAAAGAGCAACUGUGACGUUGAUAAUAACUGUCGAAGCUCGCCUUGUGAAAAUGGUGGUUCCUGCUCAGAUUCUGUUGGAAGCUUUUCCUGCGCGUGUUUGAGAGGUUUUACCGGAAGUGUAUGUGAAGUCAAUAUUAAUGAUUGUCUUGACAACGCCUGUGACAAUAAUGCGACAUGUAUUGACGGAGAGGAUGCCUACACGUGUGUUUGUUCAGAAGGGUUCACUGGACAACUGUGUGAAACACGAUUCGUUGACGGUGGUUGGUCAGAGUGGAAGACGAGUAGUGAAUGUUCGGUGACAUGCGGACAAGGGUGGCAGCAGUUAUCACGUGUCUGCGAAAAUCCUAACCCUAUAAAUGGCGGAAGAAAGUGUGAAGGUGAUGACAGGGAAAUGGUUGUUUGUGAAACCAACACCACAUGUAUUAACGAAUGUAUAAAAGAACCUUCACAACUCGAAAACGGAACCAUGAACUGCGAGUGGACUGAUAAUGAGACACGUGUUUGCAAGCCUACGUGCGAUAAAGGUUUUGACUUUGAUAGUGACAUGUUUGUUAACACGUCUGGAAUCAUUUGUGGACCAAACACUGGUUACACGUGGAACAUUAACAACACUGACAACCCGCAGUCUCAGAUACCCGCUUGUACACCGAAGAUCCCGGCACUGAGUAACAAACUGAACUAUACGGCAGGUUACGAAACACUAAGUCUUACAACGUUAAAUUCCGGCUUGAUAUCAGAUAUAAAGGCGGUCGUAAAUGGUAAGGUGAGACGGACCGGAUGUGUGUCGAAUGGAAGUUGUGUUCUUCAGGAUAUACAUGUCUUUUCUUCCAGCCAAUUAUCAGAGAGAAAACGAAGGGAGACUAUCAAUGUGAUGUUCACGAUAGAAUUAACAUGUGACAUCACUGCAGGUAUAAACCAGUGCUACGAUCUUCUUGCUGAAAUUGUGGAAGCUUUAAAUACAUACAUCGAGAACUUGGAAUUUACCAUACAGUAUGAUGGCAGUGACUAUGAUGUUGGUGUAAACAGUUCAUCUCUGGACGGUGUGUCUGUGUGUGAACCAGGACAUGUUUCGGUGUGGCAGUACUGUGUAUCGUGUGGAAAAGGAACUUAUGCAACCAAUGAUUACUGUGAACGUUGUCCUCGUGGAUACUAUCAAGACGAGGAGGCUCAGACAUCCUGUAAGCAGUGUCCGGAGGGAUGGACCACAGCUGGGCUGAUGACCAGGGACAAGGAAUAUUGCAACAUCAUUUCAGUUGCUACGGUGACUCCUGUUCAUGACAGUGAAUCUAAAAGGAACUGGCUGAUGAUUGGAUUUGUUGUUGCUGGUUCUGUUGUAUGUGUUACAGUAAUUACAGUAUUGUGGAUAUUCUGUAAAAGACGUCAGGCUGAAUCUGCUGAAAACAUAAGUAGUAACCACCAGAACGAAACUUCUCCUGUCAAGAACGAAACUUCUAACGCAACUUCUCCUGUCAAGAACGCAACUCCUCCUGACAAACACGUAACUUCUCAUGAAAGUUUGGCAGAGACUGUAUUUACAAGCUAUCCAAGCGACACUAUUCAAGAAGAAAGUAACCAGAGUCUGCCAUGCACAGAAUCAAACCUAGACCAUGCGGAACGGAUGGACAGCAGUGAAGAAAAUGUUCCACAAUUUCAUUUUCAGAGCAUACUUUAGAACUGAUGCAAGGUCACGAGGAAGCAAUGUGAAAAAAUAACAUUUUGAUUCAUUGUUUUUGUAAAACCUAUAUACAACAUGUAAUUCAUAACUGACAUAUUUUAACACGAAAUAUUUCGUGUAAAAUAAAAUAGAAUUUCCUUACAAUCUCCUAAUAAUAUAUUGUAUUUUGUAAAUAAAUAUUGCUUUCUUUUUUUGAAGCAGUGAAGAGCAUAUGAUAAUUGUUAGGUUGUAUGUUAUAUAUUAUAGAUAAAGAACAACUAAGAAAUGUCUAUUUGUGCUAUGCAUUGAGAAUAAUAUUGUGGGGCCCAGGUGACCAUGGUUGUUGGAUACAAGAAUAGUAAUGUGAUACUCUGUUAUGGUUCGAAUCCGGUCUUAAGGCUUAUCCGAAUUUGUGCAACUUUAAAUGUUAUUAUCGGCUUAUUUUCUGCCAACGGUGUUAACACGCUGUUUCUGCAUAGUUUACCUGAUGAACAACGUACAGACAGAUGAACAGAUUGUCAUUUUUAACGCUAGGUGUCUCUGUUAGGCCAUUUGAUAAAUAUUCAUAACUUCUGUAGAUUUUGUGGGUACAGUGGCUGGAAAUGUUGGAGUUUACGACAUUCCAUCCUUGAGUAACCCCUUCCGGUAGUCGGUAAACCUCAUAGAUCAGGCCAGAAAUUGAGGAUUUUAUCACAAAUAUAUUAUUUUUGUCUUGCAUGUGUUUAAAAGGUUUAUUUUAGGUACAACACAAGUUAUCUGGAGGUAGGAUCGAUCCCGAAAGACUUGUGGAACAAGUGCGUUGACGAUUUGACGAUAGUAAUGGCGGAAGAGCCGAGACCUUGAGUUCCAGCAAUUCUGACCGACUUUCCAGCAAAUCCAGCAUCGCAUGGUAUAUAACGAAAAGCGCGCAUUAGAUCUACCUCUUCCACGCUUUGGAAACAUUCAAACAAGUCAAUUCAUUAGAUUUAGUGAUUUUUUUAAAGUUAUUUACACUAGUACUCGGAACAGGAACAUUUCGAAAGUGAAAGUAAGAUUGGCGUUCGAUGUUUGGAUUCAAGUUGGAGUUUCUGGAGUUCAGUUAAGUUAUUUCUUGUUUUGAAUUUCUAUUUUCUAUUUUUUUUUAACAUCGUGUACAAAAACAUGGCGGACGAUGAUUAUUUAUCCUGAAGAUUGAUGACAGUUCUUGGACUAUUUUGUUUAUACAACGGUGUGUGAUGCGGUCAGCCAAUCAGAAUGCUCAGCGCCGAUGACGUUUGUUUUGUUUAUGUUUUGCACAUGUUCUUCUUUCGUUUUGACGGAUAGACAGAAAGAAAUGCUGUGAUGAUCCUGGGAGUACUGUCAGCUGCCGAUCGUUGUGAAAACUUGUUACUUCAAUGGUUUUUACAGUUCCGUUAUAUUCUGAGUUGCUGAUGUUGACUGAUUCAUGAAUUAACUUGAUGUACAGAAACGAUUAUUUAACGAUGCAUAAAGAUGAAUGUUUAGCCUAACUGAUGUUUUUAUCUUUGUGAAUUGGGCGAUAUGCGGGUUAUGCUCGUGUCCAACCCUUUCAUUUUUUAUCAAGUGCUGAAUAAUAUUUGAACUUCGAUUCAUUUAGAAGAUACUGAAUUUCAAGUUACAGAUUUAAUACUUUUUCGCAUGAAACUUUGCAUGUAUUUAUUUACAUGGGCAGUGGUAUAUGAGUGUCUUACUCAUCUCACUCUCAUUUUGCAGUUUGCACAGCUUAGAUGAGUAAUGCUCAUCUUUGUGCCUCCUUAUGUCCAUGAUAGAAGACCUAGAUCCUGACCAGUCAUUUAAAAGUUCUGGAAGAACAAGGGGUACAGAACAGAACAGAACAGAACAGAUAAAUACGAUUUAUGAAUUUUACAUGUACACAUUUUUUUUUGGAGAGUAUUUUUCAAUUAUAUUGUUGAAACUUA